AUGGGCUCUGAACUUGGCAACACGGCCACCACCAAGCCCGAAGCCCGUGUCAAUGGCCUCGGCAUAUUUUACAUUGCUUUCGCAGUGGUGUGGACAUGCACCCUUCUAGGUGCCAUGUCCUACCUCUGGGCGAAGCGCAAGACGCAGAUUUUGCGUAUUCGCGGUCUUCCCAUAUCCUUUGCUGGUAUUCUUCUCAUGCAUGUCUACUGGGUCUGCGUGACCACGGGCUACGUCUACGGCCCUCUUAUGCCUGAAGAAGCAGAAUACUGGAUCAUGGGCAUCUGGCUGCCACUCGGCAUCGCGCUUUUCCAUGCCUCCAACACGCGUUUUCUCUAUGUAGCCAACGCACAAAAGAAGUACGCCAAGCGUACCGCGGAACCCUACCGCAUCUUUACUCGCCGCGCCGGCCGCAUCUCCCUGCGUGAGGCGGUCAAGGUCUGGUGGCAGCAACUCGACUAUAGCAAGAAGACACUUGCAGUCGUUGGUGUCGGUAUGAGUCUUCAUGUGAUCUUGACCGUCUUCAUGUUCCUCAUCUCCCGCAAGUUCCACGACUCGUUCGGCAUCAAGGGCACUGAGGUCACUGGCACCCCCAUGGAGCGCAAUGUCGAGCAGGGCCGCGGCUGGGAGUGGUGGCCUUCCAUCUUCUGGCAGCUUUUCUGGGCUUGGGUUGUGGCGCCCGUUAUUCUCUUCCGUGCCCGCAACAUCCACGACACCCAGGGCUGGCGACUCCAGACCAUCGGCUGCUGCAUCUCUGGUCUUCAUGCGGCUCCCAUGUGGCUGAUUGCCCUCUACGUCCCUGGCAUGGAGGCCGUCAACCAGCACUUCAUCCCUCCCAUGUGGAUCGCCGUCUCUAUCAUGUUCCUGGAGAUCUUUACCGUCUUCGUUCCCAUCUGGGAGGUGCGCAAGGCGCGCAACCUGAGCCAGGAGACGCUUGAGUCCAUUGCCCGGUGGGAGUCUCGCCAGCGUUUCGGCGGCGUUACCAAGGACGUGAAGUCGCUGCACUCUGAGAUCUCGGGCACGACGUGGGCCUCGCGCAUGUCUCGCGCUGCGUCGUCUCUCGGGUCCAACUCGGGCGGCUCCAUCCUGACCAUGGACGCGCUUGAGCACACCCUUGAGAAGAACCCCGAGCCCCUCCAGGAGUUCUCGGCGCUCAAGGACUUUUCCGGCGAGAACGUGGCGUUCCUGAUGCGCGUCCGUGACUGGAAAAUCCAGCACAGCAUCACGGUGGCCAAGAGUCUCGGUAGCGCCAGCAGUGCCACCAGCGGCAGCGAUGACGAGAAGCCACCGGUCACCCCGACCAAGCCCAAGACGGGUUCGCGCGAGAUGUUUGAGAGUGCGCUGCACAUCUACCUGGACUUCAUCAGCGCCAGCUGCGCCGAGUUCCAGAUCAACCUGUCGUCGCAGGACUUCCGCAAGCUCGAGGCCGUCUUUGAGGAUGCGGCGCGCAUGGUGGUCAACGAGGAAGCCAAGUACGACCCGGCGACGCCGUUUGCCGAGGCGCCGCGCAGCGCCGCCGACAAUGCAGCUGCGGCGGUUCGCUAUGUUGGACCUAUCCCCGAGGGCUUUGACGAGACCGUUUUUGCCGACGCCGAGAUCAGCAUCAAGUAUCUCAUCCUUACCAACACCUGGCCCAAGUAUGUGCGCCAGCGACGCUCAUUUGAUGCUACGAGCAAUGCCGAGACUGUCUAG